CCUUCCUGACUGUUUCAAUAUGGCGGGCGGUGAGAGGGAGACCGAACCGUCUGGUGAUAACAUUGUGUCCAAGGCCUCCCAGCUGGCUGAUAAACAUUUAUAUUUAGUCCGGAAUAUCAGCACUGGCCUGGCCAUAGCUGGCGUGCUUUUGUUUGCAAGGAGUAUAAAACUGGUAACAAAAUUCACAAGUGCCAAAGACAUACCAGAGAAAUUUAUAAAGAAAAAUGUAAAGUUACGUGGAAAGUUGCUUUGUAUCACAGAAGAAGGCCUAGAAGUCGAGCAUGUGCCAAUUAAUGUUCCCUUUAUCACGUCCUUUCAGAACAGAUGGCAACGAGAUGGCAGUUUGUUUAUCAAACUUGCUGGCGUGCAGUUGACUCCAAGUGGCAAGAUAUGGUUAAGAGAGAAGCUCCAACCGUCACAAAUACUGUGGUUCCAACUUCUUCAAAGAGAAGGUUUAGCCCUUGAUUGUUUUGUUUUGGUCCCUAAAAAAAGACUGUUCAGUGAAUGUAUCAACGUGGAGAUCGUGACACAAGGACUUGGUAAAGUAGCUCACGUUCCAAAACUAGAUGAAAACCCAAUACUUUGGAAAUUUUACAAGAGACUCUUACAAGCAGAAGUAAAGGCUCAGAACAAAGGAAAAGGCUUGUGGAAACUGGAUAGUCGGCUUGAUGUUUUGUCUAAUAAAAUGCUGAAUAAUAGUGUUGUGCAAAAGCUCAACCAUCUUACCAGUUUUAUUAUGAACUACUGGAAAAAGUUCAGAACAUGAGUAUUUUAAUACUGUUUAUUGUGUAUUUGUACAUAUGUGAUAUUUAAUAAUAAUAUAUGUUACAAAAGGAUAAAUUUUGAGAUAUUUGAUUUGUUUAAACAGACACACAUAGUAUCACACAUGUCAUGUACUAUAGAAACAGCUAUGCUAAUAAACAUUUUAUUGUAAAAGA